CUCCAUAAAGAAAGUUGUUUCAUUGUCAGAUUUCUAAAACUAGGGCUCUUAAGAUACUAUUGUUCUUCUAAUGCUGUUUUUGUUUUCCUUUCAUCAUCUAAGAAGGGCAGAUUUUCUUCUUGCCAUGAUACCAGCCUAAGCAGGUAUUUUUGAAGAGGAAUAUUCUUAUUUCCUGGAAGAGGAUAGUCAUUUUCUGUGUCAUUUUUCUUCUGUGAAGGGAGGGAUAAGCCUCUAUUCACUAUGUCUUAUAUAAGACUACGAGAAUUCAAGGAUCGAAAGCCUGUCCAGUAUUCCAGAUUAUGUAUUGUUCCUCAAGGAAAGUACAUCAAUGGAUAUUAUAGCGGGCAAUUGGCAAAAGUCCAUUAUGUUAAGGAAUUUCAGAGACCUCCUGGGUAUCCUGAGGACUGGAGAUCUUAUUAUCAACCGAAAAGUCCCCCAGUUCAAUUUGACCAUUUAACCCUUGCCAGGUACAUUUGUCAUCGAAGGGUGGAUCCACAACCACCCAAGGGGUGGUACAAAGAAACCACUUACCAAAGAGCCUUUUCUUUGCCAUUUUACAACUCUGAGUCGGACCAGAUUUUAGCCACACCAGUACUUAAUCCGAAGCCACUUACUUCCCUACCAAAGCUCUUAUGAUGAGAAGAAAGCUUUCGAAAGAAACAGAUCUGAAUUCUAAUAAUAAUUCCCCAGGCAGAUAGAGUAAUAUUUGGUGUUCUCAAUUAAUUUUCUGAUAAAAGACAAUAGUAGCAAAAUCAUGUCUACAGGUAUGAAUAGGAUUACUGAAUUCUAAAACAUGUAUCACACAAAGUAUUAUCUUUCACCAGCUAAUUAGACUUCAUCAUCAUGCCAAUUAAGCUGCGAUCAGGGAUUAUAUCCCAAGGAUACCAGCUAAUUUACUUUUCUGUCUCAAAAUCAGAUCACAGCUACUAUUGGCAAGCAUUCUGCUACUGGUUAUGAAAAAGAGUAAGGAUGGGUGGGAAGCAAUUCAAAGACUAUUUCUGUGGAUGUGGGCUAGUGGAUCAAGGUGUAUCAUUUUGGAAAGCAAGACAUUGAGUAAUAGUAUACUUUAUAGAUGGAUGGUGUUGGAGAUAAGAGACCCUUUGAGCUAACCCUCCCACUAAUGUCCUGAAAUAACUAUCUGCUAGGGAAGGAAACUCAGUGUAGCACUCUGAAACAUUCUAAUCUAUGUUUUUCAAAUAGAUUUUAUAAUGAUAAUUAUAACUAUGUGAGCCUUCUGCAAUUUAAUUAAAUUACACUUUCUGGUAAGCAAUUUCUCCAAAACAAAAAUUAGGUACCAAAGUAAUUUAGGUACCAAAGUCAUUUUAGCUAUCUCCAAUGACCUGGACAACAUCCAUUAUCCAAAAAAAAAAAAAAAAAAAUUAAAACCCAAAAAUUGACGCUCACUGACCAGCGCUCUUAUCCCACCUCCCAUGCUACUAGCAGCAAGACUGUAGUAACAAAUAUGUUAAUGUGUGGACAUGAUACAGGCCCACAUCACAAUCCAUUUCAACACCUGAGACCUUGGCUCCAGACUGCAGAAAUUUUCUUGGGCUUCAGAACUAGUGUGAUUACAAUUCUUCAAAAGCAAAAGUUUGAUCAGAGUCUGAAACCAGUACUACAAAAUUGUGAACUGGUAAUAAGGGAAACAGGUUCUGAACUGCUAGUGAUGAACCAAAGAAUUGAGGAACAGAAGGAGGGGGACUGGUCACCAGGAUUGAGCACUGUCAUAUAAGAUCCAUCCUCCAAGGAAAGUAUAAUUAAUGAAGACAAAAUAAGGAAGUGAUUGAUAAGGAAAACAGAUGGGGGAUCACCACCAAAGCACCAAAAAUUACAGAAAGAAAACUGAAAAAUCUUGAACAUAAACAGAUUUUUAAAAAAGGAAAAACAGUAUCAACAGAAGAAAAUAUGACCUCCAAAUUCCAUAAAUUCAAGAAUCUACAAAUGAACACUCAAAAUGAGAGAAAAUAAUACAAAUCUUGAUGAGACAAAGGACCUGAUAGAAUUUGAGGAGAAUGUGAAACCACAUCAUAUUGUUUCUAAGUGGUUUAAAAGAGAAAUGAGAUUUAUGAAAACAGAAUUAUGUUCUAAACAGUAAAAAUCAUGAGCAGAAUAGAAAAACUUGAAUCCGUGAUGGUAAGUCUCACCCAAAAAACCAAAUGAGAGAAUAAAAAUGUCAAUACACAGAAAUGGAAGAACAGCCUUUGAAGAAGCAAAAAACAGUAACAUUAAAAGAAAAUAAACAACAAGCUCACUAUGCAGGGGAAAAGCAUGGAUCUUCAGAAAAAACUCAAUGAUACAAAAAAAAAAAAAAAAAAAAA